AUGACGAAGUCAUUGAAGUUGAUUACAGAGCUGUCUGAACAGGUUCUAUGGAGGAAAGAGGCGGAAGUAGGAAUGGGUAAACAUCAUUGCAGUGUAGAAGGAGACACCCGGAAGGAGACACCUACGCUGAUGCUGUCGACCUUUUCCAAAGAUUGUGAGCAUCGAAAUGCCUGGAAGACGAAAGCGAUAGCCGCUCGAAGAACAUGCCCACCAUUGUCACACUCUUUAGUGGAACAGAUGGGCUCCUCAUAUCGGUAUGUCUGGCUUCAAGCGUCUAUUACCUGCCUAAAAUAUGUGCGUCAUCCAUGCCAAAUCAAUGAAUCAUCCAAUCAUCCCUUUACCAUCUUUCUACCAGAUGCCUCCGUAAACAGGAAUUUGGAUAAAAAAUUAUAA